AAGGAACAUAGAUCCCUAGUUGUAAGGCUUGCCAUACAUUUUUUUUACUUAGGCAGAAGAGCAGAAUUCCCCCGACAAAGUCCCUGUUUGUAUUUUUCUCAGAUCCAUCUAAGGGGGAGGAGGUGUCUUCACCCUCUAUUUUCAAGGGGACUCACCACUCAUUCUUCAGGGGACUGGCAGCAUCUGUUAUUUUCAAUAGUGAUUUCCUAGUUGUUGACAUCUACAGGGCACCUGCUUGGACCUCUCCUCUUACUUUUGUUAAGCAUUAACCACAGAAAGAAGGCAAAUCCUAUAUCUCUCUUUUUUAAACACUGUCCUUUGGUCCCACCCACCUGUUCUUUGGCCAGGUAAAGAUCUGGCCCUCAGAAUAAAGAAAAAGGGACCCACCCCAGGAGUCUUGAGAAUGUGGGAGAAUCCAAGUGCUGGAACAUGAGGCAGAAACAGGAAUGAAAUGUACAAAUGACUCACUCAUCCAUUCUGACUUCCUCCUUCUUCUUCCUUCCUUCGUUUUUUUAAAGAAAGCUCAGCCUGAGUUGUUGUGCAGUCCAGCCCUGGUUCCUAGCAAGACUCAUCCAUGCUUGCCCAGGGAACAUUUAUAUUCACCUGAUUGUGUAUUAAUUUUUAUCAGAAAAGCGUGUUUGCUUUUUAGGAUUUGCUAAAACCUCUCAUUAGGACAGACAGAACUUGGCAGAAGACGUAGGGACUUCUUUUGAUUUCUUGGAGGUUUCCUGAGAACAGAGAUGGAUGAGCAAGACUCAGCUGGCACUGAAGCAGGAAGAGGCCAUUCCAUCCUAACUCUUAGCCAUGGAGGAAUCUGGGGAAAGUCUGUCCAAAGGAUCCUGAGUGAGGAGGACACUCUCCACUCAGAUGUGCAGAGCCAGCAGCUUGGGCGGCUUUGCUACCAGGAGGCCAAAGGACCCCGAGAGGUUUGCAACCGACUCUACCACCUUUGCCGUCAGUGGCUGAAACCAGAAAGGCACACGAAAGCUGAGAUGCUGGACCUGGUGAUCUUGGAGCGGUUCCUGGCUGUCCUUCCAGCAGAGAUGCAGUGCUGGGUGAGGGAAUGUGGAGCACAGACCAGUUCCCAGGCAGUGGCCUUGGCUGAAGGUUUCCUCCUGAGUCAGGCAGAGGAGAGAAAGCAGGCAGAGCAGCAGGGGAAGGAUCAGUUUCCAGAAAUGGGUCUGCAUUCCUCUGAGGUAGAGAGAACGCCAUUGGACUCCAGAGAGAAGCCACUGGGAGGCAGAAUGAUGCCAGCAAAACCUGUUUGUCCAUCUUUUCUUGGUGGCGAAGGGGAAGCUGCCACUGUGGAACCAGAGCAGGGUCCAGUGUGCUUUGAAGAUGUAGCUGUGUAUUUCACAGAAGAGGAGUGGGCGUUGCUGGAUCCUGACCAGAGAGCUCUGCACAAGGAAGUCAUGGAGGAGAAUCGUGGGAUCUUGGACUCUCUCGGUAGUGAUGAAUUGGAGCUGAAGAACAAGGGGGACCACGACAAAAUCCACACAGUGGGAAAGUCAUAUCCAUAUUCAGUGUGCAGAGAGAGCUUCAGUCAGAGCUCCCAUUCCACUUCAAAUCAAAUAAAUCCCAUUGAGAAUAAACCCUAUCAGUGCUUGGAAUGUGAAAAGAGAUUCAGGGAAAAAAACCAUCUCACUGUCCAUCAGAGAAUUCAUACAGGGGAGAAGCCCUAUCAGUGCCAAGAGUGUGGCAAGAGAUUCAGUAGACGAAAAUGCUUUACUGUCCAUCAGAGAAUUCAUACAGGGGAAAAACCCUAUCAGUGCUUUGAAUGUGAAAAGAAAUUCAGAAUAAAAAGCCAUCUCACAGUCCAUCAGAGAAGUCAUACAGGGGAGAAACCCUAUCAGUGCUUGGAAUGUGGAAAGAGCUUCAGUCAGAGAAACAAGCUCACUGUCCAUCAGAGAAUUCAUACAGGGAGAAAGCCAUAUCAGUGCCAAGAGUGUGGGAAGAGCUUCAGUCAAAAGGGGAGUUUAACUUACCAUCAGAGAAUUCAUACAGGGGAGAAGCCAUUUCAGUGCCUAGAGUGUGGAAGGAGCUUCAUUCAAAAAGGCAAUCUUAUGGCCCAUCAAAAAAUUCAUAAAGGAGAGAAAACCUUUCAGUGCCAAGAGUGUGGAAAGGGCUUCAAAAAAAAACACAGUUUAACUUCCCAUCAGAGAAUUCAUAAAGGAGAGAAACCCUAUCAGUGCCAAGAGUGUGGAAAGAGCUUCAGUCACCAAAGCCAUCUUUCUGUACAUCAAAGAAUUCAUACAGGGGAGAAGCCUUAUCAGUGCUUGGAAUGUGGAAAGAGCUUUAUUCAAAAAGGCAAUCUUAUGGCCCAUCAAAAAAUUCAUAAAGAAGAGAAACCCUUUCAGUGCCAAGAGUGUGGAAAGGGCUUCAGAAAAAAGGACAGUUUAACUUCCCAUCAGAGAAUUCAUACAGGAGAGAAACCCUUUCAGUGCCAAGAGUGUGGAAAGAGCUUCAGACACCAAGGCCAUCUUUCUAUACAUCAAAGAAUUCAUACAGGGGAGAAGCCUUAUCAGUGCUUGGAGUGUGGAAAGAGCUUCAUUCAAACAGGCAAUCUUAUGGCCCAUCAAAAAAUUCAUAAAGGAGAGAAACCCUUUCAGUGCCAAGAGUGUGGAAAGGGCUUCAGAAAAAAGGACAGUUUAACUUCCUGAUGGGAAGCAAAGGUUGCAAGCUUUUUAGCUGGGACAAUUAGAAUAAGACCCACUUUUUGACUAUUGACUCAAAACCCUACAGUGUAUUUUAUAUAACAGACUUUUUAUUUUUAUUCUUUGAAUAUAAUAUUGUUUUAUUGGUAUGGCCGGUGGCUGCCGCAAAUAAAGACGGGCAUAGUGUCAAAGUGAGACAUAAGAGACCCAAAUGGCCUGGGUACUCUGGGACACCGCAAGGUAAUUUCUGAGGAGUCGAUAUCCACAUUUAGCCACAAGUCCCAUGACCUGUGACCUUUCUUGAUGCAAGUGGAAGAGUGUUGUGGCAUUUUAUGAGUCUUUGUGUGCUGUGUAUAUAAGCUUUCUUCUAAUAUGCCUCUUGGCAGCCUUUUCGAACUGGCCGUUCUGCUGAACGGUUAGCAAGGCUGUGCUAUUGCAAUAGUUUGAAUAGACCAGGUCCCUGCAGGAUGCUGAGAUUGCUCUCUCAUUCUCUUGGUUCUGAUAUUUUGUUUCAGGUAUUCCCUCCCCUGGGUCACGAACCGGUGAUGUAGAAGCAAAUGCUGAUCACAUGAGCAAUUCACGUACUUUAUAUUUUCCUUUCUUCUGUGAGAAGCUUAAGUCAAGGAUUCCCUUUCUGCUGUCCUCCGAUCAUUCACAAUGGGCGUAUGCCAAGAGGAAAGAAUUGUAUCCAUAAGGAAGCAGAGUCCUUGGUUCAUUGUACGCCAAAGGGAGUUAAGAGCAAGAGAUGGACAAGUUUGUUUGCUUUAGGGUACUCCAGGGUAUGCCUUCAAAGAUGGAAGGAAGAAGAUGAAGAGCUAAGGGCAGGAAUGCAUUUAAGGAGGGAAUAGAAUCUCAUUGCAUUGUUUCAAUAAAAUGUUGCAUCCCAGGUACAAAGUUUCCAUCCUCAUUUCUGUCACUGAUUGUAAGGCGGGAGAAGCAAGGUUAUAUAGUGACAUCUAAAGGAUAUUAGACAAAUAGUUUAUUUGAUAUACAAUAGAACCUUGGUUUUUUAGUGUCUUCGAAGUUGAACGUUUCGGUUUUCAAAUGCCAAAAACCUGGAAGUAAUUGCUUCCGUUUUUGAAUGCACCUCGGACGUCAGAUGUCUUCUGCUGUGUGUUUUUCCAUAUAUAUUUUUUGUGCCUCAAUUUUCGAAUGUCUUCCGGAACAGAUUGUAAUUCUACAUGGUGAUACAAAUAGUUA